GGCAGCAUGUCUUUUCAGGUCGUCUCCCAAAAAAUAGUUGCUCAUCAUUGAGAUUCACGCACUUACUAGACCUGUUAGCCAGCAGUAUACGUAAAAAUAGAUUUGAGGGAUAGUCGAACAGCAUGGGCACAGUGCAGGAGUCAAAUUGUGAAUCAGCUGUCGGCGCAGAAGGCGGACACUUCGGUUCAACUCUGGUCAGCGCUAUGCGAUCUGAUAACAAAUAUAAUGGAUCUACCUGCAACACUAAACUCGAAGAUGCGGGUACUACCUCCAUGUUUGCGACAAAUUGCUUGGCUUCGAACUUCGUAGAGCCGGUCAAGGACUUGCGGCAAGGCGGAGUGCAGUAUUGGCAAAUGCUAAACGAAGUAACCCCGAGCCCUCCAACCGUGAGCUUGGAGGUGUUUCCACGGACACACCAUGCCGUUCCUGUAACUCGAGGUCUGGACGGCGAUUUCGUCCGCUGGAAAGAAGUCAUUGCACCUGCGCCAGCUCAACCGCCUGCGGCAUCAGCUUCAUUACAGCGGCAACCAGGUGUUCAGUCGGGUGUGGCCGGUCUAUCCCGUAAUCCGGCUGGAUCUGGAACUCGGAGUGGAAACCUUGGGAUUACUUUUGUCCGGGGUAGAGGCAGUUAUAUGCCUUUCAGACCUGGUGGGCUUGAUGAUGGUCCCCAGCGCCCAAGUCCGGCCCAGGAAAGCCAAGACGAUUUCGAGGAGGAUGCUGGAACAGUAUCGGACAUAGAACAGGUCCAAUCUACGUGGCGAACGACCCCACCUGGCUUCCAAAGGGGUCUUGACCUCGCUUCUGCGCGGUCGGGUGAGGCAGACGAGGCUUCUUCUAAUGCAGACGAGCUACUCCUUCGAGUCUUCGGCAGUACAACUUUGAAGCCCAGCGCUCAAAGACAACUCAGAUCUCAACAAGAAAAGGGGGUUUCGAUCACAAGGAAGACGGGUCUGGCCCGGGAGACGGCCCUUCUCGAUUCACUCGACCAGCUGCACCAAGAGCUCAAGGGAUCGGAUCUACAGGGCAUUGACGAUCUACUUCCGAUUGCUAGACUGCCAGCCCCUCCGAUGAAGAAUAGAUCAAGUAAACGUAAACGGGAAUGGGCUCAUGUCGUAGAUGUCAACCGGGAAUUGACCAACUUCAGCGAACUCGUACCGGAGAUGGCGCACAAGUACUCUUUCGAACUGGAUACCUUCCAAAAGGAAGCGGUCUAUCAUCUGGAAAUGGGCGACUCUGUUUUCGUGGCUGCUCAUACGUCGGCAGGCAAGACGGUCGUUGCAGAAUACGCGAUCUCUUUGGCGAUGAAACACAUGACAAGGGCCAUCUAUACCUCACCCAUAAAAGCCUUAUCUAAUCAAAAGUUCAGGGAUUUCAAGACCACCUUUGGGGCCGACAACGUCGGAAUUUUGACGGGCGAUGUACAGAUCAAUGCUGAAGCCAGCUGCUUGAUCAUGACAACGGAAAUCCUACGAAGUAUGCUCUAUCGCGGAGCCGACCUGAUCAGAGACCUCGAGUUUGUCAUAUUCGAUGAAGUUCAUUAUGUCAACGAUGCUGAGAGGGGCGUUGUUUGGGAAGAGGUUAUCAUCAUGUUGCCAGAACACGUCAAUAUCAUCCUCUUGUCAGCGACAGUACCCAACACGCUUGAAUUCGCCAGUUGGGUUGGUCGGACGAAGAAGAAGGAUAUCUACGUGAUUUCUACUGCUAAGCGGCCGGUGCCGCUACGUCAUCAUUUGUGGGCCGGAAAAGAGCUUCAUACUAUCGUUGACGAGCAGGGCCGUUUUUUGUCUGAGGGAUACAAAGCCGCAAACGAGGCUAUCAGGCGGAAACAGGAGAAGGAGCGAGAAGCUGCAGGCUUGCCAGUCUUGCAAAGAACUGGCGGUCCUGCCGGAAGAGGCGGCAGAGGCAAGGCUAUGCCACAAUCUUCUAUUUCGACUCGAGGCGGAUCGAAGUCAAACAUCGGUUCGCGAGGACUCCCCGGGACCGUAUCAUACGGCGCAAAGGCGUAUGGCGGCGCAGGAGUGUUUGACAAGAACGUGUGGAUUCACCUUGUGCAGUACCUGCGGAAAGCGGAACUCCUGCCAGUGGUCGUCUUCACGUUCAGCAAGAAGCGAUGCGAGGAGAAUGCAACCAGCCUCAGCGGUCAAGAUCUCUGCUCAGCCAGCGAAAAGAGCGAAAUCCACGUUACAGUAGAGAAAGCUCUCACUCGACUAAAAGGUUCUGAUAAAAGGCUGCCACAAAUUCUACGCAUGCGUGACCUACUUUCGCGUGGAUUGGGGGUACAUCACGGCGGGCUGCUCCCAAUCGUAAAAGAGGUGGUGGAGAUUCUGUUCCAGAAAGGUUUGGUAAAGGUAUUGUUCGCCACAGAAACUUUCGCCAUGGGAGUCAACAUGCCAGCCAAAUGUGUCGUGUUCUCCGGAAUACGAAAGCACGAUGGACACAGCUUCAGAACGCUUUUACCUGGCGAGUAUACUCAGAUGGCUGGAAGAGCGGGUCGCCGAGGUCUCGACGUAAACGGCACUGUCAUCAUCAUAGGUGGUAGUGAGCUACCAGAGCAAGAAACGCUUAAGGACAUGAUGCUCGGCAAGCCGAGUAAACUCGUCUCACAAUUCCGCCUGACAUACAACAUGAUCCUCAAUCUUCUCCGUGUCGAAGCGUUGAGGGUGGAAGAAAUGAUCAAGAGGAGUUUCUCGGAGAAUGCGGCACAGAGCCUUGCUCCUGAACAACAAGCCAAGGUUUUAGCAGCUGAACAGAAGCUGGCUUCCUUGCCAUCCCUGGACUGCCAACUCUGCAAAUCGGACAUUGAGUCCUUCUAUAUGCUCGCUUCCGAACUCUCGAGACUGAACCGUGAAGCGAUGCGGUUAGGUGCACGCCAUCCGCAAGGGUCCAAGACGUUCGGCGCGGGCCGAAUGGUGAUCAUCAGUACUACCGAUUUGCCCAAUGUUCCCGCCCUACUUCUUCGACCAGCCACCACUUGGCGAGCCGCUGGAGAAGUCGGACAGAAAGUAGGAGCCGAGCGAAGUUUCUGGGUACUUGCCUGUAUUCCGGGAGGGAACAGACACGCUUCCGAAGCAUAUUCCGCAGUAUCUGCCCCUCCCGUAUGGCCGCCAAUCUUGACAAAUUCCCCAUCAAGCGACGCUGAACAUGUAAUUCUAGAGGUCGACGUUAGCUGUGUCUCAUUGGUCGUCAACCGAGCAAUGGCAAGAGUCAACGUGAAUGCUGUCCUGGACAAAAUGAAUCCUGGCGCUAUCGACGAUGUUCGUAAAUGGCUUAUGGAGACAUCGGCAACGCUUGCGGAUCUUCCAAAACUACCUGAAGUAGACUGGUCCAGGAUGCGAUCACACCUUGAUUUCCAGGAAACGGUACGCAGGCGAGACAUCUUAGCUCCUCGCUUGGAUACAUUGCACUGUCGUAAUUGCCCGUCCUUCCAAGCGCAUUAUGAAACCUUGCAUCGCAUAAAGCAAUUAGAAGCUGAAUUGCAGGAAUUGAAGAUGGCACUGUCCGACCAGAACCUGGAGUUACUGCCUGAUUACGAGCAAAGGGUUGCCGUUCUUAAAGAUUUGCAGUACAUCGACGAGACUUCAACGGUCAUGUUGAAGGGAAGAGUGGCCUGUGAAAUCAAUUCCGCCAACGAACUCAUAUUGACUGAAAUCAUUCUUGAGAAUACUCUUGCGGACUAUACCCCAGAGGAAGCAGUGGCGUUGCUGUCCAUAUUCGUCUUCGUAGAAAAGACAGAUUCCGCUCCGGACAUUCCAGUCAAGUUGCAAGCGGGAAUCGAAUCAAUAUAUGCCGCUGCCAGUCGAGUUGAGAGGGUUCAAGAUCGAAAAGGCGUCGCGCAUGACGACUUCUUCACAAAAUUCAAAACCGGUUUGGUGGAGGUGGUAUACGAAUGGGCCCGGGGAAUGCCUUUUGAACAGAUUACCGAAUUGACGGAUGUAGCGGAGGGCACGAUCGUCCGCUGCAUCACCCGUCUCGAUGAGACUUGCCGUGAAGUACGAGAUGCCGCACGCGUUAUCGGCGACAAGUCACUUUUCGGCAAGAUGGAACAGGCACAGGCGCUCAUCAAGCGGGACAUCGUCUUUGCCGCCAGCCUUAUCCACAUCCUCCGCUUCAGCGGAUUUUGA